UUACAUGUCAAUUGAGUUAGUUGGCUUCAUAUUGCAGCCAUCGACCGUACAGCAUACAACUCCUGGGAACUGUAUAACUACCCUUACGUAGGAUUCCAACAGCUUAUACCACUCUAAGCAUCAUGUCGGACCUCACUGAACCUGGUUUCAAGACCAGCGACGUUCUUCUGUCCCUGGCUUCUGUUUUUGAGAAGAUGCCUGAUGACGAAAAGAAGAGUCAAAUUAAGAAGACAAAUGGAGUCUUUCAGCUCAAUGUGAAGAACAGCCAAGGGAAAGAAGCUGUCUGGGCCAUUGACUUGAAGAACGAAGGCAAGGUUACGAAAGGUCCGGCCAAACGACCCGAUGUCUCAAUUGCUCUAAGUGAUGACACCUUCAUUGGCCUAGCAGAUGGUAAAGUGAAUGCACAAAAAGCCUUCAUGACUGGCGGUUUGAAGGUUAAGGGUAACAUUAUGCUUGCCACUAAGCUCGAUGGCGUGCUAAAGAAUGCCAAAGCGAAGCUGUAAAUAGUAGAUUUGUCUGGUGGGUUAGUAUUUGUACAUGAGUGCAUAACAAAAGCUGUAGCCAGAUGUGAGGCUUUUGCAAUUGUGCUUGAGGCAGUACCUCUCCAUGCCUGCCUGGGGAAAUGGUUAACCAUCUUGUGUAUUAGUAUUCAGUUGUUAUUUCAUUUCGCUGUACAAGUAUGAUCCGCGAAAUCAGUUGUUUUCUUAUUAAAACAGGCAUUUUAAGUUGCUGAUCUUUGGAAUAUCUCCCAGAGCACAGUUGCAUAUAGAUGUCUGUUAUGU